AAAAAAAAACAGUAAACAAAACAAGAAAAUUAGAAAAACAUUUUACUUCAUCUCAGACUACUAAAGAUUCAUCCAUGGCUAAUUCACUAUUACAAUCUUCGGUUCUUCUCUCCAAAUUCUCUUCAUCAUCACCAUCUUCAACAUCUUCUUCUUCUUGUUCUCUUCCAUGUAUUAGCAACAUACCCUCAAAAUCAACAGUUCAGAGAAAGAGAAGUGUGGUUCUUAGAGCAGCAAGUAUCGAAAAGGCUCUAAAUGAUUUGCCAGCAGAUGUUGAUAAAGUAAUUGACGGUGUUGAAAAGGCACUUACACCUACCUCUGAAAUUAAGGUCAAAUUGCUGAGUAUCGUUGCAGGACUGAAUAAAGGACUUGCUGCGAAUGCAGAAGAUAUGGAAAAGGCAGAUGCUGCUGCCAAGGAACUCGAAGCUGCGGGAGGAACUGUUGACAUCUCAGAAGACCAAGAGAAAUUGCAAGGGAGAUGGAAAUUGGUAUACAGCAGUGGAUUCUCAUCGCGUACUCUUGGUGGGAGCCGUCCAGGGCCUCCCAUUGGAAGGCUACUACCAAUAACACUUGGCCAGGUUUUCCAAAGAAUUGAUGUCUUCAGCAAAGAUUUUGAUAACAUAGUGGAGCUUCAAUUGGGUGCUCCUUGGCCGCUUCCACCAAUAGAAGCUACAGCCACAUUGGAACACAAGUUUGAACUCACAGGAUCUAACAAGUUGAAAAUAGUAUUCGAAAGAACGACGGUGAAGACUACUGGGAACUUAGCACAGCUUCCACUACUCGAGGUGCCUCGAAUUCCAGAUGCAUUUAGGCCUUCAUCCAGAACAGGAAGUGGUGAAUUUGAAAUUACAUAUCUGGAUGCUGAUACUCGUAUCACAAGGGGAGAUAGAGGUGAGCUGAGGGUGUUCGUAAAGGCAUAAUUUCAAGCACGAUUUUGAAUUACAUAUCAUUUGUAAAUGUGCACUUCACUGUUGUAGUAAUACUAUUUUUACACAAGUCUUUACUAUGUUACAAAGACAAUACUUUAGAGCAUUGUAUUCAGGGGAAUUUAUAUACCCCAAACUUUCAUAUAUACACUCAAAUACCUAAAAUUUAAGCAAAUUGGCAAUUUCCAUUGA